AUGUCAACUACAUUUCCAGGACUAGUCCACGAAGCAGAGAUACGUCAUGACGGAUCAAACAGCUAUCGUUUGAUGCAGCUUGGAUGUCUGGAGUCUGUGGCCAACUCAACUGUCGCCUAUUCCUCCUCUUCGCCUCUAACUUACUCCACCACCGGCACUGAGUUUGCUUCCCCGUAUUUCUCCACUAAUCACCAGUACACACCACUUCACCACCAGUCCUUCCACUACGAGUUCCAACACGGCCACCCGGCAGUCAACCCUGAUGCUUACUCCUUGAAUUCUCUCCACCACUCGCAGCAAUACUAUCAGCAGAUCCACCAUGGGGAACCCACCGAUUUUAUUAACCUGCACAACGCCCGGGCUCUCAAAUCCUCUUGCUUGGACGAGCAGAGGAGAGAGCUGGGGUGUUUAGAUGCUUACCGGCGCCACGACUUAUCUCUUAUGAGCCAUGGGUCCCAAUAUGGGAUGCAUCCCGAUCAAAGACUCCUGCCAGGACCAAGCCUCGGGCUUGCAGCCUCGGGGACAGACGAUUUGCAGGGGUCGGUGGAGGCCCAAUGUGGGCUAGUACUGAACAGCCAAGGUGGGGUGAUAAGGAGAGGUGGUACCUGUGUUGUUAACCCCACAGAUCUUUUUUGCUCUGUACCUGGGCGCUUGUCUCUACUCAGCUCCACUUCUAAAUACAAAGUGACCAUUGCGGAGGUGAAGAGGCGCCUCUCUCCACCCGAAUGCCUCAAUGCUUCGCUCUUGGGAGGCAUUUUGAGAAGAGCAAAAUCCAAGAAUGGGGGGCGCUGUUUGCGAGAAAAAUUGGACAGACUGGGACUGAAUUUGCCUGCAGGAAGAAGGAAAGCAGCAAAUGUCACCCUUCUGACUUCCUUGGUUGAAGGGGAAGCCUUACAUUUGGCCAGGGAUUUUGGCUACACCUGCGAAACAGAGUUCCCAGCCAAGGCAGUAGGAGAACAUCUUGCCAGACAGCAUAUGGAACAGAAAGAACAGACAGCGAGGAAAAAGAUGAUCCUAGCGACAAAACAAAUAUGUAAAGAAUUCCAGGACCUAUUGAGUCAAGACAGAUCGCCCCUCGGAUCGUCAAGACCAACUCCAAUAUUAGACCUCGACAUCCAGAGACAUUUAACACACUUCAGUUUGAUCACUCACGGCUUUGGAACUCCUGCAAUAUGUGCUGCCCUAAGCACUUUCCAAACUGUUCUCAGUGAAAUGCUGAACUACUUGGAAAAACACACAUCGCACAAAAAUGGAGGAGCAGCAGAAUCUGGCCAAGGACACGCCAACUCGGAGAAAGCCCCCCUGCGGAAAACUUCAGAGGCUGCUGUGAAAGAGGGCAAAACAGAAAAGACAGACUAG